GGAUUCCUUGCCCCAUGUCCUCACAUGUGGAUCCGCCAUUUUAGAUGCCCUGAAGCCUGGAUCAAACUAAAUGGAGUUUAAUGAAGCGAUUUGUGGCGAUAUUUGCAUUCGUUGCAAAUCAAAAUUUUCCUAAAAUUCGUAACGAAUUUGGAUUCAUCAGAUUCGAUUCGCUCAUCCCUAUUUAUCAUGUCUGUUUUAUCAAUGUGUAUUUAAUUAAUUUAUAAUCUCAUUAGCCCUGCAUGGCUUUAACUACUCUGCUCUUUGUAUCACUUAUUGCUUGCAAAUGGCUGGGUGAGCCAGCUGAAAUGUCUCCUGCAUAUUUGUUAAUAAAGACUGGAAUUUUCACCAUUUGGGAGUGCUGCUCUCCUUUGCAAGCUAUGUGAAUUUUGAGCUUGACUACCUAGAAGCUUAUACAGAUUGCACCCCGACACUUUGAAUUUUGCACAAGAAAAUGUUCGCAAUUAGGAAUGAUCGCACUUGGAUUGAAAAAUUUGCCGAUGAGAUAGAAGAAUCUGAAGUUCCUGAUACAUGGAGUUUAAAUGUGGAUACAAACCUUCAGAAAAACACCAAUGCUAAAUACUUUUCACAGAACACUUUUGGCAGCUUUCAAUGCUUUUAUUGUAAACGCAAAUGGAACUCUUCUAAAGUAUUCAUACUGUUCCGGAUGGUUCUAAACAAAUACCAGAAAUAUGGUAUUGUAACAAUGAGGAUCUUCAAACAAGGAUGUCAGUCAUGUGGCAGUAACACAAUGCAAGAGCCUAUAAUAUCAUAUGAAAACGGAAAAAGAGUCAUCAGCAAUGUAGUCAGUCAUAUCCAGAAGGUGUUUUAUGGCAAGAGAAAUGUGAAUGAUGACUAUCCACCUAACAGUUAUGGCAAGCAGGAGGGCCCACAUGAUAAAGAGCACUGUGAGGCUUGCAAAUUCAAUCUGUGUGAUAGUCAGCAGACCACGUCCCCUCAAGAAACUGGCGUUAUUGUCGGUGGUGUGUUAUCUGCUCUGCUCGGUGUCGGCGCAUUAGCAUUAAUGUACCUAGCAAAAGAUUAACUCUUUGUAAAAACAUACUGAUAGGAUCGUUUGGAAUGUAGAUUGUGAGCCCUAUUAGGGAAAGAAAGCAAUGUAAAAUCUCUGUACAGCCCUGUGGAAUAUGUUGCUGAUAUAUAAAUAAAGAAAUUGUACUUCA